ACUUUUAUGAUCUCAGAAAUAAUGGCCAAUGGAGCAAACCAGCAGCAAAUUGAAGCUGAAGUUAGGAUAUGUUGCGUGAUACAGGUAAGAAUGUGGCCAAUUGAAAACAAAGUUCCUUUGUCGACUUCGGGUCUCUUAGACAUAAUAAAAAUGGCUCGUUCAUGGAAAAAAAGAGCACCUGAUAAGCCAGAAACUAAACCAACCAUUGUUAUGUCUCAGCAAAUAUUUCAUUUACUUCAUUUCAGCAAUGGGGUAAAUCGUUGUGGUAUAUUUGUAGCGGCAAAUAUUUGUAUAGAUCAGAUGGAUCUUGAUCAUGAAGUUGAUGUAUUUCAUGCUGUAAAAUUAAUUAGAAUCAAUAGGCCGCAAUUAGUCGACAAGGAUGAAUACAAAUAUCUUUACGAUGUAAUGUUACACUGGUAUAUGACAAAUCCAGAAUAUAGAAUAUUCGAUAAAGAAGAAAAUCCUAAGGAUGUGAAAAUGAGGAAUUCGAUACGAAGGAGUACUUCUGUGCUAAAUAAGACAUUGACUGGGAAUAGUACUGUAUUAUGA